CUAAAAUGAUGGAAUCUGAUCGAAUAUCAGAUAGAUAUUCAAACAAUGUGAGUAACAACAAUAUUUUUCGUGAAACAGAAUAAAACUUUCUUCCAUUGCAAGUUGUUGAUAAUUUUAAUUAAUAGCUAGCUUAGGUUAAACAAGUACAUUUGCAAUUUAAUUAGGAACCAAAUGAGUAAUAAGUAGGGGAUUUAGCCAUAAACACAGAUUUAUAAAGGGGAAAUACAGCUUAAUUGGUAAAUUAGAUCAAUAUUUAAAGUUUAUCGAUAAGCCUAAAUGUCUACCUAUAAUAUAAAAGAAAUUGAGUAGUUAAGAUAAAGAAAAUGAUGAAAUAGAUGAAAUUUCAUAGAAGUAAAACAGAUAGAUGAGUUUUUAAAACAUGGAAUCUGGUUCAGAUGUUAGAUCAAGUUAAAAUAAAUAAGGGCAACAAAGACAAUUAAGUAUAAUAUUUAAUGUUAUGAAUAUAUAGUGGCUAAAAGAACUAUAAGAAGAAUGAAUAGUAGAAUAAAGGCAAGAUAAUCAAUAAUUCUGCCAAGAGCAUUAAAUACAAGCAUAACAACAAAGAUUUCUUAAUUAGUUGAGAGUAUUCCAUUUUCAAUACUAAUGGGAAUAGUAACUGUGUAUGCUUUAUUUGGUGAUGACAUCAGAAUUUUAACAGUGAAUAAAGAUGGAGAUGACGCUUUUUUUGUAUUAACAAUAAUUUGUAUGUUCUGUUUUACUCUAGAGAUUGCCUUGACUUGUAUUACCAAACACGAAUAUAUCAAUAAUGUAUAUAAUAACAUAUAUAGCCAUAGUUUUAUUUCUGGUUAGAUGUGAUAUCAACAGCAACUAUGUUUUUAGAUAUUGGAUGGAUCACUGAUGAAUGGUAUUCUGGAGAUAUUACAAAUGCAUCUUCAAUUAAAACUAUAGGUUCUGCAUCAAAAGUUGCAAGAAAAGCAGCUAGAGUUAUAAGAGUAAUAAGAUUAGUUAGAUUGGUUAAAUUAUAUAAACAUGCAAGACAAUAAAUUUAGAAAUAACAAUAAAAAGCACUUCUUAGAUAGUUAUUAAGGUAGGCUUAAAUAUCACAAGAAGAGAAAAUAAAAAAAUAAUAAAAUGAAUAAUUAAAUUAAGAAUCAUAAUAGCAACUCUAAUAAUUAGAAAUCUUAUAAUAAAUUAAAUAAUAAUCUCAACAGAAUUUAUCUUAAUCAUAAAAUAAUUAGUAACGUAUAAAAUAUUUAUAUAUAUUAAGAUUUUAAUGAUGAAGAUAGAGUACUACAAAUUCCGAAUUCAAAAGGUAUCAAAGGUAUGAUAGAAAGUGAUAAAAUAAAAAAGAAUCCUUUAAAUUAAAGUUAAAUUAGUGGUAAUUCUAUUCCUCAAAAUUAAUAAAUAUAAAAACCUGUUUCAAGUUAAGAUGGAAGUGAUGGAUCAAAUAAUCAAUUUAGUAAAUCUCCAGGUAAAUCAACUCCUGGAAAAUCAGGUUAACAUACUAAUUCUUAAGGGGAUAGUUUAUUAAAUGGAGAUAUUGAUUCAAAGGAAUCUAAAGUAGGUUAAUAAUUAUCAGAAUUAGUAAUGAGAAGAGUGAUAACUGUUAUUCUAUCAGUAUUGAUUAGUAUACCAUUGAUAAACUUUGAUACAUAUGAAGAAAAAAUUAAUAGUUAUGAUUCAGGAAUCUUUAGAAUUUCACAAUUUAAAGAUUAAUAAAAUGUAAAGGAAAUAUUAAUAUCAUAAUAUGCACAAUUUCAUAAAGGAGAAAUAUAUCCUAUAUAAGCAGUUCAUAUCUUAGUAAAUGGUGCUUGGGUAUAAUAUAAUUACUAAAAAUAUCCAGAAUAUUUUGAAAGCACUUCAUUAGAACCAGAUUAGUACAGAUUUACAGAUCUUUAAUAUUAUAUUCAAACUUCAAUUAAUGGAACUUUAUUAGCAUAUUCUGCUGCAGAUUUAGUAUCAUAUAAUUAGACAAAUGCAAUUCUAUCUAUAUUUUAAACUAUUUUUGUUUGUAUUGUUUUGGCAAUUAGUGCGUUACUUUUUAAUAAAGAUGUUGAAGAUAUGGUAAUUGAACCUAUAGAAACUAUGAUGAAACAUAUAGAAUUAAUUGCGGCUAAUCCAUUAGAAGCAGUUAAUAUUGAAGAACAAGAGGAUUUAGUUAUUGAAGAAUUAGAAAAAAGUUAAGAUCAUAAAAAAUUAAAAGAAAAGGAAAAUGAAAAGACAAUGGAAACAUAUAUUUUAUAACGUCUUAUUAUGAAAGUAGGAGCUUUAUUAGCAGUUGGAUUUGGAGAAGCAGGAUCAGAAAUUAUAGCAGAAAAUAUAAAAAAAGGAGGUGGUGUUGAUCCUAUGAUUCCUGGUAAAAAAAUUAUGGCUAUAUUUGGAUUUUGUGAUAUUAGAAAUUUUACAGAUGCAACUGAAGUUUUAUAAUAAGAUGUUAUGGUAUUUGUAAAUGAAAUUGCAGAAAUUGUUCAUUCAGCUGUCAAUAGUUUUAGUGGUUCUGCUAAUAAAAAUAUUGGAGAUGCUUUUCUUUUAGUUUGGAAAUAUGAAUAAUUAGAUUAUCAUCCAGAUCCAAAUAAUCCAUCUAAAUUAGUAUUAAAAGAUAACAAAAUAAUAAAAUAAAAAGGAGACAUGGCAGUAAUGGCUUUUCUUAAAAUUAUUACAUCAAUUUCUAUUUCUAAAAAAUUAGAAAAGUAUAAAAAACAUCCUGGUUUGAAUGCUAGAAUGAAAGACUAUUCAGUAAAAAUGGGUUUUGGUUUACAUAUGGGUUGGGGAAUUGAAGGAGCAAUAGGUUCAUCUUUUAAAAUUGAUGCUUCAUAUCUUAGUCCAAAUGUAAAUAUGGCUUCAAGAUUAGAAGCAGCUACAAAAUAAUUUGGUUCAAUAAUUCUAAUAAGUGGAAUUCUGAGAGAAUACUUAACUGAAUCUUGUUAGAAAUAAUUAAGACUUAUAGAUAUCGUUACUGUCAAAGGAAGUAUAGAACCUAUGAGUAAUAAAUAAUAUUUAUAUAAUUAGAAAUUUUCACCAUUGAUUUAUCUAUUAAGAAUUUAUUGAAAGGAAUCAAAGAACCAAUUGAUAAAUAUGAUGUCAGCAAAUUAUAAUAAAGAGAAGCCAAAAAAUAUAGAGUUAUUUAGAGAUUUUAGAGAAAUCAACUUAUGAAGAAUGUCGAAAAGGAUUCAAUUUAAAUAGCUGAUCUAUUUAUGAAUGAUGAAGAAUUAGUUCUUGCUAGAUCUCCUUUUAUGAAAGAGUUUUAUGAUACUUGGGAAUAAGGAUUUUAAUAUUACAUUAAUGGAUAAUGGGAUAAAGCAUUGCCUAUCUUCAACUAAACUUUAGUAAUCAAUUUUAUAUAUUAUCAUUAGACUAUGAUACCAGAAUAUAAGGAUGGACCUUCUAACACUUUACUUGAAGUCUUACACUCUAAUGGAAAUAAAGCACCAACUUAUUGGAAAGGUUAUAGAGAAUUAACAGAAAAAUGA